AUGACAACUCCAUUGAAGACUCCUAUACCAAAAUCCACCAAUCCUUCAAAAGAAAAGAAAAAUCGUGACGCCAACCCUAUGUUCACACAAUCCGUUGCAUCCGUUCCUUCAUCUCCACUUUCUCCAUCCUCUCUAAAUCUUCCGCCUGAUCCUAAAAAUUGGACUUCCACACACGUCGCAACUUACCUUCACCAGUGUUUACGAUUACAUCCUCCACCAUUCAUCGCGGAAUUAAUGCAAUUUAUUCAAUCGGACGCCUCACUAACUGGCAGAAAAUUUUUACGACUCAAAGAUGACCAGUUGAGAAAUUCAGGCUACGAGGAUCAAUGGAUAGAAUCUGUUAUGCUCGGUGUGAAGUCUUUGAGAAGAAAUCAACUGAAAGAAAAAAUAUUGCUAAGAAAUGACAAAUUUUUUGAAGGAGAGUUUGAAGAAUUGGAGGAAUGUGACAUCGAGAUAGGAGAGAACGAUAAUGAAGACGAUUCUUUCUCGUCCUUGUCAAACCCGAACCCUAUUAAUUUUAAUGCAUCGGAAACCUUCACAAAAUUUCCUGAACCUAAACCAAUUGAGGAAGCCAGUGGCAUAGCAGAAUUGUCGCAUGAUGAUAUUUACAAAUGGAUUAAAAAAGAAAUUCUAGGAUACGAGACCUUCGGGAGCGGAUUUGCACGGGGCUUUAUGCUGGGAGGUGCCAUUGUGUGGGCGUUUAUGAAAAUCAGCAAAAGAUAA